AGACGAAGGCAGAGCGCAGGAAAGUAUCAAGGAGCGGCUGCUAACGGCCAAGGUCGGUGUUUGCUGUAAUAUACAAGUGUAGAAAAUAGUAGCUUUGAGGAAAGGGGGAGAAAGAAGCGCACAAUGGAGACGAGAUGCAAAAGAGCAAGUCAGGCGAUAAUAGAGCGUAAGAAUCAGAAGAGAGAGGAUGGCUGCCGCCCAAGGAUCACACAGUGCCGAUUCUGUUUGGCUGGCUUUGGGCUCGCAACACGCUCACACCAAGCUUGCUAUUUUUCGGAGGACCAGGCCAGGACAGUAAAGGUGGUGUGCCAAAAUUUGAGCCUAGGGUGGGGUAAAAAGCUGCUGCAAAUAGAAUGCUUGGGGGUGAAUGCGACGCACCUUGGCCGCUUCGCUUCUAGUCUUGACUGCUGGACAUGGAUGGCGGACAGCAGCACUCGGGCAGGCGGGCGCGCUAGGUAUGUAGUGGGCUCGAAUGCGGCGCCCACACCCACUCAUCGAUGUGCCGCCGACGUAUGCGAAAUCCAGCACCUCUUGCUGCGCGUCGCAAUAUUGUCGACAGUUGGUGUGACCUUCGCUGCCGUUUGUUUACUCUUUGUUCAACGGUUCCAACCGGUCUCUCGCACAGCCCACUCCCAUUUUUCUGGACCGUCUAGCCAGCCAGCCCUGCCCCUACCUCACCCACAUACCACUGUCGCACUCUGCUCUCUGCGCGAUGGAGAUUGACAGACGCCCAGCCGCUGCCGUCAUUCUCCCCUGCUUGUCUCCCCGAACAUCUGCCAGUGUUGUUGUGGAUU